AUGUCUCCGGUCGAUUAUUUCAGGGACUCAAUUUCCAUUGGAGCCUUUCACGCUUUAAGAAAAGGAAUUCUGACUUCCACUGCUGUUGGGAACGACGGUCCACGCCCCAAGACCAUCGCAAACUUUGCGCCAUGGUGUCUUUCUGUGGCUGCAAGCACCAUAGAUCGGGAGUUUGUUACCAAGGUUCAAUUGGGUAACCAAAAAAUCUAUGAGGGAAUUGUAACAAACACAUUUGACCUCAAGGGCAAGUUCUAUCCUCUAAUAUUUGCUGGAGACGCACCCAAUAGGACAGCAGGCUACGACGAGUCUACAUCUAAGAACCCAACUGCAACAAUUUUUAAAAGUACUGAGGAUAUUGACACACUGUCCCCAUAUGUGCCAUCCUUCUCAUCAAGGGGUCCUAAUCCAGUCACUCCUAACCUUCUCAAGCCAGAUAUAGCUGCUCCGGGAGCUUCUAUUUUGGCAGCAUUUCCUCCAAUUGCCCCUGUUUCGUUUGUUCAAGGAGAUGACAGAGUAGCAUCAUACAAUUUCGUCUCAGGGACAUCAAUGGCUUGCCCACAUGCCACUGGGGUAGCUGCAUACGUCAAAUCAUUUCACCCCAAUUGGUCUCCUGCUGCUAUCCAAUCCGCUAUUAUCACCACCGCUAAACCCCUGAGUCCCGAUCUUAACCCUGAAGCCGAAUUUGCAUACGGAGCUGGCCAAAUUGACCCUGUUAGGGCUCCAUAUCCAGGUUUGGUAUACGAUGCUACUGAACUGGACUACAUAGAAUUUUUGUGUGCACAAGGCUAUAGUACCAAAUUAUUGCAAUCUAUUACCGGGCACAAGAGUAGCUGCUCAUCAAAAACUAAGUAUGGAGCACUCAGUGAUAAUUUGAAUUAUCCAUCUUUUGCACUUUCCUCGUCUAAUCCAAACUCCAUCAGUGGGGUUUUCAAUAGGACAGCCACAAAUGUUGGAUCACCAAGGUCCACAUAUAAAGCAAAAGUGAUAGGUACAACGAAAGGACUCGAAAUCAAAGUUAAUCCAAGCAUUCUAUCGUUCUCAUCUCUUGGGCAGAAGCUAUCCUUUCAGGUCACAGUAAAAGGGUCAAUUCAUCACAAAUCCCGUGUCUCUGCUUCUCUGGUGUGGGAUGAUGGUACUUUCCAAGUCAGGAGCCCCAUUGUUGUCUAUGCUAUAUAUUAUUAA